UAUUACUUCAGUCUUCAAAAAUGAGUUAAAGGACUUGAGGAAAUUGGUUAAUUCGCAAAAUAAACAAAUUGCCGAUUUAAAAAAGGAGAUUGAUAAUCUCAGAAAUGAUAAAGUUGUUAUCAGAGCGGGACAUGUGGAUACUCCGUAUGUCCCACCCGCUCGGAAUGCCGUAUGUGAGUCAUUCCUAACUGAAACAGAAGGUAAACAAACCGAGCUACGAAAUUCUAACCAGAUUGUCGAUAUUGACACAUUAAAGACAGCCGAAGCGGAAAAUUCAGGUUUGACAUCAGCCAGCAAUAACAACCCAAAUAUAAACAAAGGAGAUUUGACAGAAUUUACAGAAAGAGAAGAUCUUGCAACGAAGUGGACAACAGUGACAAGAAGGGAAAGAAAAACAAAGAAAAGCAGUGAAUCUGAAUCGACUCGAAAUACAGUACAUAGGAAAACAAGAAGGAGUAUUUUAUGCACCGGAGACAAUAAACUAGACGAUAAGAUAAAAGGCGCCAUUAGGAGAAAAUGGAUUUACGUGGGAAGAAUUGCCGGUUCUGAUGUAACAGCUCAAGAUGUGAGGAACUUCCUUUCGAAUCUUCCUGGAUAUGAAACAAUUGAAAUAAAUAAAUUAACAACGAAAGGUACAAACUCGGCUUUCAGUAUUGGAGUGCCUGAAGGUGAGUUGUAUGAAAAACUUAACGAUCCUACUUUCUGGCCUAGUGGUGUAACACUGAGAGAAUUCAACUUUACAAAUUUUUUUCGAAAACCAUUAAAUUCAAUAAAGUGAAGAAAAAUAUUGAACUUUGUCUCUUUCACCAGAAUAUCCAGGCCAUUAGUACUUCACAUUUUAAGCUUGAACAGACUUUAAUAAAACAUAACUUCGAUUUUUUAUGUAUUACCGAACAUUGGCAGGACAGGGAGGAGAUAAUGAACUACAUUCCUGAAGGAUAUAAGUUAACAUCAGAAUAUAGCAGAGAGAAAGGUCAUCAUGGAGGCUGUGCUAUCAUCGUCAAAGAAGAAUUCCAUUAUUCAGAGAGAAUUGACUUUAAGACUUUCAGUGAUUUCGGAUCUAUCGAGUGCUGUGCCACACUUGUGACAGUCAGCUCUGAGAAGAAGUUGCUGAUAAUCUGUGUAUAUCGGCCUACCACCCGGCCCCUAAGUAAAAUCGAGGUUUUCUUCGAAAAAUUUAAUGGAAUUCUUGACCAGUGCCUCAUGGAAAAUAUUCCCUUUAUAAUUGCAGGGGAUUUCAAUGUUAAUAUUUUGUCCUCCACAGAUGAGACUAAUAUAUUUCUAUCUAUUCUAGAAACAUACAAUCUGACGGUGACUAAUCGUGAGCCCACUCGUAUAACUCCACACUCGGCCACCUGCCUUGAUAAUGUAAUAUCUAAUCUGGAGGGCACUACAACUGUCCAGGAAGAGCAUAUGGCUGAUCACUCGGGGCUUAAAUUCAUUUUUCAGAAUGGACCAUUACCUCUUGAGUCAGUAGUGAAGAAAAAGGAGGAUCAUUGAUGGAGCUGAUAAUAAAUCGAGCGCAGUCUGGAAUGUCAUAAGGCAGAUAACCAAGAAGAAGAGGACAUCUGAUGCCAAACUCCCAGCGCUAAGCGAAGAAGGUAAUCUGGCGGAGGCUGCAGAUGC